AUGCUUUGUGAAAUAUGCAAAACUGCAGAAUCAAAAUAUAAAUGUCCCAAAUGCUCAAUCCCAUACUGUUCUAUUCCAUGCUAUAAAUCAGCAGAACAUAUACAUCCCCAGGUUGAUCUGACUCAACCUGUUGCAAACCCCACCGUGACACAAGAGAUCACCGAAGAAGAGGGAAAGAUACAAUCAAAAUGGGAAAAGAUAGCAAAUGACGAAAUUAUACGAAAAUUACUUGCCGAGCCAGCAUUACAAAUACAUUUAUUAACAAUUUUGAAAAUACUAAAGGAUGAUAAAAUUGUGAGUAAUGUUAGUGAUGAUCAACGACUAGAAAUUGCCAGAUUGAAAUUGACAGAUUUACGUGCUGGUGGGAUUGAAGAAAAUGUAUUAGUCGAGGAGUUUGUUAAUAGAGCAUUGGAUUUACUUUCAUAA